CUGAAUGAAACGAAUAGUGUGUGGGAAAAGCUUGGAGGAGUCGUCGAGAAAUGUGGAAUCAAUUUGCGGAAAUCAAUCAAGCUACAACGUUUAGCGAAUAAGGGUGACGCCAAAAUAUUCAUCUAUCCGGUUGCAAUGAAUGACUCACUUGUCUCAGUGACAUUGGGAAUCGGUGGAGAUGUGAAAGUGGAGAAGCAGCUGAAUGCAACUUUCACAAACAUCGAUUUCUUUGGCGCUGAUCCGUUUGAGGCGACGGCUGGCGUAUUCCGAGCACUCGGAAAUGUUUAUUUGACUGGUAUUGGGCCGAUUGAUGGACAGAUCAACUCGUCGAUUCUCACAAACGAUGACCCUCAAAAGCCAAUCUAUAACACAAAAACGAUCGCGUCGAUCACCUUUAAGAACUACCUAAAUAAAAUAAAGCAAAAUUUCAUCGAUUUUCUUUUAAUCGACAUCGAAGGCCCGGAGUACUGGGUUUUGCCGAAGAUUUUCGAUGAAGAAAUGCGAAAUGAAUACACGAUUUGUCAGUUAAACAUUGAAAUCCACGGCCCAUUGGAAAGCUAUGGAGUGACGACAAAGCAAUUCGAUGCUCUUAUCUUUUCCUCACUCGACUCCUCAUUUCUCCCGCUUUCCCUACCUGCAGGCGGCACGCAUCGCAAC